UCAAUUCAAAUUAUUAGAGUGUCAUCGCAAAACCCUAAUCUUUGUGCCAUAUAAACCAAAGCAGACACAGAGGUUCACUCUCUUCCUCCGUAGGGUUUACAGGUAGAAGGAGAUUUACCAAGGAACCCUAAUUCUCCAUCUCGUCGUUUCGGAAACAUGUCGAAGAAGAAGACCAGAGAACCAAAAGAAGAAAAUAUUACCCUUGGACCUGCUGUCAAAGAUGGAGAACAUGUUUUUGGGGUGGCUCACAUUUUUGCGUCAUUCAAUGACACAUUUAUUCAUGUGACUGAUCUCUCAGGAAGAGAAACCAUUGUCCGCAUCACUGGUGGUAUGAAGGUGAAAGCUGAUAGAGAUGAAUCUUCCCCAUAUGCUGCCAUGCUUGCAGCACAGGAUGUUGCCCAGAGAUGCAAGGAAUUAGGUAUAACUGCUCUUCAUAUUAAGCUCCGAGCUACUGGAGGAAACAAAACAAAGACUCCUGGUCCUGGUGCCCAGUCUGCAUUGCGUGCUCUUGCUCGUUCUGGGAUGAGAAUUGGCCGUAUUGAGGAUGUUACUCCAAUUCCGACAGACAGCACCCGUAGAAAGGGUGGUAGAAGAGGGAGAAGGCUGUGAGUGCAUUUUUUCCCUUGUUUGUGCUAUAUAUGGUUGACCAUUGCGGGACUUAUGUGGACUUGUAUUUUUCAAUGGUGUGAGCUAUAUCAUCACAAUUGCUGUGCUUUAGUGGGAUAAUGACACAUCUAAAGUCUAAACUAGGAUGAUAUUUUUUUUUCCAGUUUUGAAAUUGAUAUUUAGUUUUUCUCAAUUUUGGUGAUGCGAAAUAUCUAUUCUAAAUGGUGUAGAAAUAGUCGUGGUAUUUUUAUGGAAUAUCUGAUUUUACUGCUUA